CCUCUCCCUCCACCUCACUCCACUCCUCCUCUCUCCCCCCGCCGCCGCCACUCCCAACCCCCCGCCGCCGCCAUGGGCGGCCGCGCCUCCCGCCCGCGCGCCCCACCGCCCGACGAGCACCACCAGUCCUCCCACCCCAAGCAGCCCAACUGGCCGCGCCCCAAGAACCGGCGCCAACCCCCUCCCCUCCCUGCCCCUCCCCCACAGCCGCAGCCCCCCGCCCCCCAGCCCCAGCCCGCGCUCCCCCCAGACGUCGGCCGCGUCCUCGGCCGCCCAAUGGAGGACGUGCGCGCGACCUACACCUUCGGGCGCGAGCUGGGCCGCGGCCAGUUCGGCGUCACCUACCUGGCCACCCACAAGGCCUCCGGCGCCAGGCGCGCCUGCAAGUCCAUCGCCGCCCGCAAGCUCGCGCACGCCUCCGACGCCGAGGACGUGCGCCGCGAGGUGCAGAUCAUGCACCACCUCACCGGCCACCGCAGCAUCGUCGAGCUGCACGGCGCCUUCGAGGACCGCCACUCCGUCAACCUCGUCAUGGAGCUAUGCGAGGGCGGCGAGCUCUUCGACCGCAUCAUCGCCCGCGGACACUACUCCGAGCGCGCCGCCGCCGCGCUCUGCAGGGAGGUCGUCUCCGUCGUCCACAGCUGCCACUCCAUGGGGGUCAUGCAUAGGGAUCUAAAGCCCGAGAAUUUCUUGUUUCUCAAUAAGAGGGAGGACUCGCCGCUCAAGGCCACCGAUUUCGGACUAUCAGUCUUCUUCAAGCCAGGUGAGCAGUUCAAGGAUCUUGUUGGGAGCGCGUAUUAUGUCGCUCCGGAGGUGCUCAAGCGGCGAUAUGGUGCCGAGGCAGACAUAUGGAGUGCCGGAGUUAUCCUCUACAUUCUCCUCUCCGGCGUCCCUCCUUUCUGGGCAGAGAACGAGGAUGGUAUAUUCGACGCCGUUCUUAAAGGCCAUAUAGAUUUCUCGUCGGAACCCUGGCCAUCGAUUUCAAAUGGUGCAAAAGACUUGGUCAAGAGGAUGCUAAAGCAAGACCCUAGGGAGCGGCUUACUGCUGCGGAAAUUUUGAACCAUCCAUGGAUUAGAGAGGAUGGAGAGGCCCCAGACAAACCACUUGAUAUUACAGUGAUCAGUAGAAUGAAGCAGUUCAGGGCGAUGAACAAGCUUAAGAAGGUUGCCUUGAAGAUCGUUGCAGAGAGUUUGUCAGAGGAAGAGAUCAUGGGCUUAAGAGAAAUGUUCAAAUCGCUGGAUACUGAUAACAGUGGUACAAUUACUCUUGAAGAACUAAGGGCUGGCUUACCAAAGCUUGGUACCAAAAUCACCGAACCAGAAUUGAGACAGUUGAUGGAAGCGGCUGAUGUUGAUGGAAAUGGGACCAUUGAUUAUGGCGAAUUCAUAUCAGCAACCAUGCACAUGAAUAGACUAGAGAAGGAAGAUCACAUAUUUAAAGCAUUUGAGUAUUUUGACAAGGACCAUAGCGGGUACAUAACAGUUGAUGAGUUGGAAGAAGCUCUCAAGAAGUAUGAUAUGGGUGACGAGGCAACAAUCAAAGAUAUCAUUGCUGAAGUGGAUACAGAUCAUGAUGGGAAGAUUAACUAUGAGGAGUUUGUUGCAAUGAUGAAGAAUAACGGCCCAGAGAUUGUUCCAAACAGACGGCGACUAUUUUAAAUUGCGAUGGUUUAGGUGAAGCUUGCAAUUUCUGUGAAUCCAUUGAGACAGUUAAUGAAUCAAGAUCUUUUUAAUUGGGGAGGAAUGAGCAAAGCCAUUCAUACUCGGCCACGGAAUUCAACAAGGUAUCUGCAAGCGAAUCUGUAUACUGGGACACAUUGGAGUCAUUGGCAACUCUUCCCUUCACAUGGUUUUGAGCUGAGUGGCGCUUUUUUUUUUUUCCGAAAAAAGUGGUGUUUUCUUGUGCUUCCAUGUUAUAUAUGACUUAUGAGGCAAUGCAUCUGGUGUUGUGUUUCUUCCACUUGAUCAUUUAUGUAAGAGAAGGGCAUGUAAAACACUUCCGGAUGAUCAUAUCAAGCAACAUCAUGUGUUCGGAUGAAUAUAGCUCAGCAUAUUUCUGAA